AUGAUGGGGGAAUACCGGGCUCGUGGUCAUUCAGAACCACUUAUACUUCAGCAACCUGGGCCCACCACUAUCGUGUUUGAAGGUCGCCUCAACAAGGAAGGGAAUGAGAUCGCUCUUGAUGACUUAACUAUUAGUUGGGUGAGUAAGAAGGAAGAGCACGAGGAUGACACACUACUUCAAGUCUCCUCUGAGUCUGAUAUCUUAACAUUUCUUGAUAUAAAUGACACGAGCAAGACGAUCAACGAAACAGUCGCUCCUGCCGCUGGUAAAGCAGGAGAGGCAGUACACAGUGACAACAGCACUUGGCAGGCUCCUGAAGGAACAGAAGAGGACACCUCGACUCCUACAUUAGCAAAUCCUGAAGCUGUGACGUUAACUCCUGAAGUGACAAGUGAAAUAUUAGACAGAGGCGAUGAAGUAGAAAAAACAGAUGAGGUAUUAGAACCAUUUGUAACUACAACAGCACCAGAUAGUCAUCCUUCAAAUGUUACAUCAGCUACCCCGGCAGGAGAGGAGGAAGGGGUCCAGGGUAAUAACACAACAGCACACAUCCUGUCAGAACACCAAGAUGGCACCAGUGAAAACCCUGACCAGAUUCAAACAUCAGUUGAUAUUGUUACAGAAGUGAGGCGAGUUUGUGUCUGCAGAAAAUGUCCUGAACACGACAGACAGUGACCUGAAUAGUGAGAACAAGGCGACCAGUCCUACCUUAACGCACGGUGAAAUAGACGUUGAGGGAAAUGAAACUUACAGUGAACUAAACCCUGACGGAAAUGAAACUCACAGUGAACUAAAUGCUGAGGGAAAUGAAACUCACAGUGAACUAAAUAUUGAAGGAAAUAAAACAACAGAUUAUAACGAUACAAUGAGUAGCGAAAUGUUUUCCGGAGUCAACAACACGGGAGAGUUACCAGAAUCGACUUUAGCUUAUAAUGACACAAAUGAACCUGAAAACAUCACUGCACCAGUCCUCACCUACCCCUUCCCGGUAGUAACUUUGUCCACAAAUGACACUACACCUGACCCCCUAAGCCUCACCGAGCCCUCCACGUACCCCCAAACAUCUACUGAAGCCAUCCAAAAAGCUUCAACAAAACCUGAAGGACAUAUUAAUUUUGAUGACGAUGAGUCUGGACUCACUCCCAAUAUUACAAGUUAUCCAGUAGUUUCUCAAACAUCUCAGUCUACUACAAUCUUGGGAGACGUCCUGCACACCCCAGUUCCUCCCUCCCUUACGUCCUUAAUCUCUACUGCAGUAACGUCUAAUUCUACAGCUACUGCAGGAGGCGUCAGUACCAUAGCUCCUGCGGCCACAGGGGAAAUGCCUAUGUCAAGGACCUCAUGGGAGAUUUUCCAGAUCUUCUUGGUACUGUGUCUCUUCGGCCUCGUUGUUCUGGGGUUCCUCUAUUGGCGGAAAAGGCGAAGACAGGACGACGAGAUCCCAAUGUUCACCAGAUCCUACGCCGACUAUCAGAACCCAACCUUCACUCCAGAAGACGACUCCAGCUUUGCCUCUCACGGUGGACGACCCAAGUACAAUUCUUUUGAGUAGUUUGAGCAAAUUAUAUCCGGAUGUGUUGGUUAUACUGUAUAGUUAUUAAACAUCUAGGUGGGAGGAUAAAAAUUACAUUGAGUUUGGGUCUAUGAAAUUUAUAUAAAAAGCACAAGUGUCUUAUAUUAAACAGCAGAGACAAUAAGAUGAUUUGUUUAUAGAACUUUUCCCGAUCAGUAAAUUUUAUUAAGUAGAGCAGAUUUCUUGCCAUUAAAGUUCUUGUAUAAAUGUAAAUACAGUAUAAUUAUAUUCUUUAUCUGGGAAUUAUUAUGGCCAACAACAAUAUUCAGUUUCUAGAAAAAUACGGAACUAUUACUGUUGGAACGAUCAUAAUAUUAGGUACACCAAGUCACUCAGUGCCUCUUCUCCCAUGAUCGUGUUCACACAUUUAACUGACAGACAGAAUGAUCUUCAAUAUUCUACACACAUCUUUGAAAUUUUGCUGAUACUGAAAUAAAGUUGUUGAUUGGCAAGAAUGAAAAUGUUUUACCAAAAUAUAUUUAUAUAAUAUAUUUGAUUGUUAAGUGGUUGUCAUUAUUUCAAUAAUAAUUAAUAUUCAAAUCAAUACUAUUAGAAGGAAUAAUUUAUUGAUAAUACUGUAUAAACAACUAAUUGUACAAGUGAAAUAUAUUUUUAUUAACAAAAAGAUUUCCAAAACAAACUACGAAGAAAUGUAAAUAACAUGUAUCAGUUUCCUCCCUUAUUGUACUGUACAUAUGUAAAUUACUGUGUACUUACUUUUUUUUAUAGAAAUAUCGAAGCUUAAGUGUGUUAUGUAGACACAAGUGAGAAUAUUGGGCCAAAUAAAUAUAGUUUACUG